CGUCGAAGUCAGUCAGCGGAACACCGGUUCCGGGUUCUGAAGUCCUCCCCAGACCCGCGGAGACCCAGUUGCUUCUCAGACCCUGAGGGUCUGGACCAUGGGGUCCCCAGUCCUCCUCCUGCUCCUGUCGCGGGCGCUGGCCGUGACCGAGACCUGGGCGGGCUCCCACUCCCUGAGGUAUUUCGACACCGCGGUGUCCCGGCCCGGCCGCGGGGAGCCCCGCUUCAUCUCCGUGGGCUACGUGGACGACACGCAGUUCGUGCGGUUCGACAGCGACUCUGCCAGUCGGAGGAUGGAGCCGCGGACGCCGUGGGUGGAGCAGGAGGGGCCGGAGUAUUGGGAGCGGCAGACCCGGAACCUCAAGGACACCGCACUGACUUUCCGAGCAAACCUGAACACCCUGCGGGGCUACUACAACCAGAGCGAGGCCGGGUCUCACACCAUCCAGAGCAUGUACGGCUGUGAAGUGGGGCCCGACGGGCGCCUCCUGCGCGGGUACAGUCAGUUAGCCUACGACGGCGCGGAUUACCUCUCCCUGAACGAGGACCUGCGCUCCUGGACCGUGGCGGACACGGCGGCGCAGAUCUCCCGGCGCAAGUGGGAGGCGGCCGGUGAGGCAGAGCAUGAGAGGAACUACCUGGAGGUCACGUGCGUGGAGUGGCUCCGCAGGUACCUGGAGAAUGGGAAGGAGACGCUGCUGCGCGCAGAACCCCCCAACACACAGGUGACCCACCACCCCAUCUCUGACCGUGAUGUCACCCUGAGGUGCUGGGCCCUGGACUUCUACCCUGCGGAGAUCACCCUGACCUGGCAGCGAGAUGGAGAGGACCUGACCCAGGACACAGAGCUUGUGGAGACCAGGCCUGCAGGAGAUGGAACCUUCCAGAAGUGGGCGGCUGUGGUGGUGCCUUCUGGAGAGGAGCAGACAUACACAUGCCAUGUGCAGCAUGAGGGGUUGCCCAAGCCUGUCACCUUGAGAUGGGAGCCGCCACCUCACACCAUCCCCAGCACGUGGAUCAUUGCUAUUCUGGGUCUCCUGGUGGUCACUGCAGUGAUUGGAGCUGUGAUCUGGAGGAAGAAGUGCUCAGAAGAAAAAGGACCGGGCUACUCUCAUGCUGCACGUGAUGACAGUGCCCAGGGCUCUGAUGUGUCUCUCACAGCUGCUAAAGUGUGAGACCAGUUGCCUUGUGGGGGCUAAGAGAUGGAAGAUUUCUUCACACCCCCACUUGGUGACAUCAGCAACCCCUGACUUCUCUUUGUGCAGAAGAUGUCAGAAUGUGUCUGUGUUCCUUUGAGCAUAUGUGAGGACAUGAGGAGAUUUGCCCACCAGACCCCUCCCUAUUCUGAUUUUAUUCUCCUUUCUGAUGUGCUUUCUUGUUCGAGCAGAGGCAGGGCUGGACCAUCUCUAUCCCUGUCUUUAUUUCAUGUUGGGCUGAAUAUAAAUGACUUAUUUCUGUAUUGAAAAUAAGAAUCCAGACAUGAGUUGUGUUUCCUAAUUCUUCCAUAUGGGAUUGAUUAGGUAAUAAAAGAGGAGAUUUGUAAAAUUGAGACAGCAAAUAAAUGGAAGCGCUGAGAACCUUCUAGAA